AUGAGUAUCUCGGCGACCAGCCAUUCUAGCGAGACAAGUUCUUCACAUACAAAGCCAAAGAAGGAUCGUCACGCUGGGAGCAGCCGAGGCCUGGCCCGGGGGGUACUAGAUCAAGUCCGAGCGGAGUUCAACAAAUGGAAGAAAGAGCAAGCCGAGGUCGACCCAAGGGGGAUGGAGAGCAAUUUGCACCGAGCGCUAUUUGUUCAAGAUAUUAUGGACCAGCCAUAUCCCAUGGAUCUCCGUGUGCUUGGGAGCAAAGAUUACUCUAGGCGAACCGACCCGGAAGAGCACGUUAACUCCUAUUACGGAAACAUGCUGAUGAUGGGAGUGUCCGACGCGGUGAUGUGCCGAGCUUUUUACUCGACCCUGUCAGGACGGGCGGCCGAGUGGUUCGCAUCUCUUGAACCAGGAUCCAUCGCCGACUUUUCCGAGCUAGCGAGGAAGUUUGUUCAUCCCUUUGCCAUCUCGAGGACCGCCAAGAAGCACUUUACUUCCUUGGAAAAGGCCAAGCAACGUGAAGGCGAGUCUUUGACCCUCUUCAGCGAACGGUGGAAGGCGGCCGUGGCGGAGAUAGAGCCAGUAGACGAUCGCACCGCGGUCAACCUACUGCUCUCUGUGCUACGGGCGGGGCCUUUGUACCAGGACCUCGUUCUUAAUCAGCCGAACACCUACAAGGAGGCCUUGAGAAGAAUGACCGACCACGCGAUAGCUGAAGAAGCCAAUGCCGCCAAGCGCAUGCAAGAAUCUGGAGGACAAGGUCGGAGAAACCUGAGAUGA